UCCUGCCCCCGGCCUGCUUUUCCUCAGAGGAAAUGGGCGGGCUCGGAACGGGGCGUACCUUUUCCCGCGGCUGCCUUUGCCUUGAACGUCUUAGGGUGUUUUCAGAUGUAAAAGAGCCGAGAAACACUCGCUUGGUCGUGUCAGCCCGGUGAUCUGCAGUUUCAGUCGGUGAACAGAGCUCUUAUUCCACUGAUACAAACGAAGUGUGUGGAGCAGGAAAGAUGUGAGAUUAGAAAUUGUUCCGAUGUCCCCUCGUUGGGAGUAAGGAGCCAGCUCCCAUCCCGGCUGUCAGGCAUCCCUGGAUCCCAGUGGGCUCCUACUUCUAGCCUGCCGUGAGGAAACCUUGUGGAAAAGCAGCUGCGAUGUCCGGAGCAGCUCCCACCACUCGGACCACCGGGAGAUUUGACCUCCACCGCUUUGGUGCCUAGAGAGGCUGGCCUGGAACAGAGACUAGACAGAGCAAAACAAGAAUAAAAUAGGGCUCAGAGAUGGAUUCACCAGAAGGGGCCACAAUUAGAAGUGAGCAGAAAUUCAGGUAACUUAUUAGAGUUUGUACAAAACUGUCUCUUAAUGCAAAUCUGAAACCACAGUAGGAAUAAACUACUGAAUAUUGAAUACAAGAACAACAUCAUGCCUGAAAACUUGAAAUUAUCCCAGAAGCUACUGAAGAACUUCAUGCUCACUCAAGUUGUUUAUGAGGAAUAAAUAAUGACAGGAAACAAUUUGGGCUAAAUGUAGCAGGAAGGUUUGAUGGUGUCAUCAAAUACAUUUCAUUUGUAGACACUAGCUGGCAACCAUACCUACAUGUUUAUUGCUUUGCCUGAGGCCAUUUCAAAUUGAACAUUAUAGUUUUACCUCGUGGUUUCAGGUGAUUGUGAAAUAAGAGGUGUUAAUAGUCUUUAUUACCAUGUUACCAGAAACUGAAAAUCUGGAAAGGUAGUUUGGAACGUCAGGGGAGUUCUGAGUUUCUGUACUACUGAAAUCCUUGUUUGUACAGAAGUGAUUUUGCUGUAUGGUUUAUAUGCAUUUUCACUUCUUUUCUGAGUAAUCAUGAAAGAUUUUCUUCAACAGUUCCCUGUGCUGGUUUGUGCAGAGACUGUGGAUGUAACACCAACCCGCCUCUGAGAGGGAUCUGUGGGUAGUAAUGUCUAAAUAGUGAGUUGGGUGAACCCUUGAUCUGAGCCAGCAUGACUGCUGUCUUCACAUAUCCCACAGUGAUCAUAAAUGAGAAUAAAAUAUUUCACUUUUUCCCAGAAAAAAACAAAUGUUUGUUUUCUUGGAAUAUUGUGACUUGUCCCUUUGAAAUAGUUCUACUUCCUUUCUGUCACACAGGUUUUAGUUCAGUCACUGGACAACCUUUUGCCUACUUCUUUUAAUAUUUCAUUGGAAAUGGUGUUUGGCUUGCCCAGUGGCCUGAAAAUUGGUAAUUGUCAAUUUGAAUCUCAGAGAUAGUAGUGAUUUGAAGUUGUUGCCAUUCUUUUGGCUGGCAUUGACCAUUCACAUUUAUUUGUCUGAAAUGGCAAAAAGGCUUCAAGGUUAUGAUUGGUUUGGGGGAGGCUAUGAGCUUCUUGUGGCUGCCCAUCUCAUUCUUUGUGUAGGAAUGGAGAACUCUAUUCCUGCUGGUUGGUUGGUGUUUUGCAGAAGCUUUAAUGGCUCAGGUGAACUUCUGGAGUCAGUCCCUGAGCUCUUCAGGCAAGCCAGGAAAUGCGCCGUGAACAAUGAACACUUUUGUUUUCUGUGUUCAAGAAAAUUCUUAAAAAGUCUUGUAAGAAAGCAGCCUCGGGACCUUCUCCUGGUAAUUGGGACGGGGGUGAGUGCUGCAGUAGCCCCAGGAAUUCCAGCACUCUGUUCCUGGAGAAGCUGCAUUGAGGCUGUCCUUGGAGCAGCUGAGCAGCUGGAGGUGCUGCACCCGGGGGAUGUCGCUGAAUUCCGUAAGAAGGUAAUCAAAGAGAGAGACCUGCUUGUGGUUGCACAUGAUCUCAUCAGGAAGAUGUCACCACGUACCGGGGACACGAAGCCCAACUUCUUCCAGGAUUGCUUAAUGGAGGUGUUUGAUAAUUUAGAACAAUACAUUCAGAACCCUGUGGUUCUGCAAUGCAUCCUGAGGCUCAUGGAGAGAGGCACAAUGGUUCUGACUACAAACUAUGAUAAUUUGCUUGAAAUAUUUGGUCAGCAACAGGGUAAACCUAUGGAAUCUUUAGACCUUAAAGAUAAGGAUAAGGUUCUUCAGUGGGCAAGAGGUCAUGUAAAAUAUGGAGUUCUUCAUAUUCACGGCUUAUAUACAGAUCCCUGUGGAAUGGUGCUUGAUCCCUCAGGAUAUAAAGAUGUUACUCAAGAUCCUGAAGUCAUGGAGGUUCUUCAGAACUUGUACCGAACCAAGUCUUUUUUGUUUUUGGGUUGUGGAGAGACUCUGCGUGACCAGAUAUUCCAAGCUCUUUUUCUUUACACAGUAAAGAAUAAAGUGGAUCUAGAACAUUACAUGUUGGUGCUUAAAGAAAAUGAAGAUCACUUUUUUAAGCUCCAGGCAGACAUGCUGCUGCAUGGAAUAAAAGUUGUGUCCUAUGGGGACUGCUUCCAACAAUUCCCAGAGUAUGUCCAGGAUCUGACUGCUCAAAUCUGCAAACAGCGAAGUCCAGAUGCUGAUCGGGUGGACAGCACAACACUGUUGGGAACUUCAUGUGUGGACUGUGCCAAAAGGAAGUUAGGAGAAAGCAGCACUGAUUCUCCUAAGAGGGCCAAGCAGUCAGAUGAUAUACCCACUCUUUAAUGAAAAAGAGCAGAAGCUUUUUAACAGUAGGUGUUUUACAUCUGCUGCAUGGAAAGUUUUGAGCUGGUAUUUCCAUGAUUUUAAGUGUAAUAAACUUGUACA